ACAUUUCAAAACAAUUCGACAUAUACUGUGAAACUAUCGUGCUAUUCGUUAAUCCCUGUUUGAACAAAACAAUAUGGCUUUCAAAGUCGCUUGUUUAGUCCUGGCAUUGGCUGUAACCUGCUACGGAUUCCCUCACUACGGUGGAGGUGGUUACGGCGGCAACCAAGGUGGUUAUGGAGGCAGCAAGGGUGGAUUCGGCGGCAACGAGGCUAGUUUCGGCAGCCACCAGGGUUACAGUAGUUCCCAAGGCGGUUUUGCCAAUCCCCAAGGCGGUUUCGGCAGUCCCCAAGGUGGACCCCAAGGUGGAUUUGGACAAAGCGGACCUAGCUUCGGACAAGGCACACAAGGAUUCCCCCAGCACGGAUCUAACAUUCCUUCGGGAGCCAACCAGGGAUUUGGACCGGGAGGUCCUGGUAGCUUCGGACCUGGCCAGGGUGGUUUUGGCGGACCUGGACCUCAAGGUGGGUUUGGGGGACAAGGUCCUAGCAGCGGCUGCGGGGUUGGCCAUGGGUCUGAAGGUCACAGCGAUCAUGGCUCUGAAGGCCACGGAGGACACAGUCACCACCACCACGGGGGUUACAAACACCAUGGCUAUUAGAUUGAAUGACUGGCGGAAUUAUUGAGUUAUAUGAUUUUAACUUAUUGUGUUUUACUGUGAUAAAUUAAGAAGUUGGAUUUUAGUUUAAA